CACCAGUAGCCUACUGUUGGACUUCAUUGUUUCAUGUACUAGGUACAGGAUAAAUCCAAGACCUGGCAACUUCAUGGACAGGCAUUUGUUUAGAAAUCCCAUGUUGGCUGACCUCAUAAUUCACAGAAAGUAGUAUUGUGUAGAUGUCUGUACCUGAGAAAAAUAAUACAAAUAUUUUUAAUAUUUCAAACAAUUCUGACUUUGUACAAGAAAGCACACAUUCCUUUGCGGUGUGCAUCUAUAUACAAUAACUGUAUAUUCUUGAUAUGGGGAAAGUCAGUAACUUACCGAGGAUAGGAGCUUGGCCCUAUCUUCUUUUUUUUAAGCUGAAACCGAAAGUAAGCGAGAAGACGACACGAUAAGCGCCUUUCUUAUCACUUUACUCUGACUUUAAAUAUUUGCACGCGGAUUUCAAAUGGAUGAUAAAAGCAUGGAUCUAAAGAAGCUUCUUAAGAUUGAUGAGGACCUGGAGAAAGGUGAAGUGGCUCAGCUUAAGUUUCUCUGCACUGACCUAGUUCAGAAGAAGCGUUUGGAGACAGUGACUGAUUUCAAAGAUCUCUUUCAAAGACUUGAGGAGCAGGGACUCGAUGAGGGGCUGCUUAUCCCCGAGCUUCUCAUCAUAAUUCGACGUUUCGACUUGCUAAAGAUCCUAAACAUGUCCAAAGAGCAGGUGGAGCAUGAUCUGGCACAUGAUGACUAUAAGCGUGUCUCAUCGUACAGAAAGAUGCUUUUUCAACUGUCUGAGGACAUGACUGAAGAAAACCUUCGUAUUGUGAAGUUUCUUUCAGAUCUUCCAAAAGCAAAACUUGAAACAUGUACUUCAUUUAUGGACAUUAUUAUUGAGAUGGAAAAGCAACAGAAGCUUGGAGAAGACAACCUGGAUGAACUGAAAGAUAUUCUGGACAAAUGUGACAAACAGCUGGCUGACAGAAUAGAGAAGUUCAGGAACCCGCAAAGAGACCGGGAACAAGUAGGUGGCAGACCUCCUCUACAGGAAUUAUCUAACCGUGAACACUUCAUACCCAGCUAUCCUGACAGAAGUAUUACAAAUUCUAUGGAGACAGAAAUGAGUGGACUAAGGAGACCCUCUCUUGCUACUGAUUCACAGAUUGAGGAACAGACAACCACAUAUGAUGAGGACUACUAUACCAUCAGCCAUAGACCUGUAGGACACUGUUUAAUCAUCAACAAUUACAACUUCGAAAUGUCCAAAAUUCAGAAAUUAGGGAACCGAAAAGGCACACAUAAAGACAAAGAAUCACUUGAGAGAGUAUUUAAGAGAAUGUGUUUUGAGAUUACUGUGCAAGAUGAUCUCACAGCCUCAAAGAUGGUCGAAGUGGUGAAGCAGUUUGCAGAAAAGGAUCACUCUCAAAUGGACAUUUUCGUGUGCUGUGUCCUCUCCCACGGAGAGAAAGGUGCUGUCUUUGGUGUAGAUGGCGAGCAGGUUGAAAUUCGUGAGCUCACGCAGCACGCAGCUAAAUGCCGCACACUGGCUAACAAGCCUAAGUUUUUCUUCAUUCAAGCCAACCAAGGUAACGCGUGCCAGAGAGCCAUGUGGAUGGCGGAUGGAGAGGAGCAAAAUACAGAAGGAACAUUUGAAGAGGAUGCUCAAAAGGUCGCCCCCUACAGUAUUACUAUAGAAGCUGAUUUGCUGAUUGGAAUGGCCACAGUAGAGGAUUACCAAUCUUACCGUCACACCACAGAUGGAUCCAUUUAUAUUCAGGAACUUUGUAGACAACUGGAGGAUCUCUGCCCCAGAAAAGAGGAUAUUUGGUCAAUUCUGACGAAGGUGGACUCUGAAGUGAGCACCAGGACAUUGAGAGGCUACAAGCAGAUGCCUGAACCUCGAUAUACCCUCAGAAAGAAACUUGUCCUUCCCAUGGACUGAAGUUUGCUUUGUAUGACUGUCUUCAUGUUGGACAAGUUCCCAUUACACUACGGGCUCUUUGGUACAGAUUAUAGGAUGAUCAGAGAGCUUCGGAUUUCUUCUAUUAAUAUAUUAAAGUGAAUCAUUGAUGUAUGAGAUCAAUUAAUUAAAUAAACAUCCGCAAAGUGCUCAAUAUGCACUUUUUAAGCAUUUUAUUUUUUAAUCCUAGUCAGUUUAUUUUUGCCAUAGACAAAUGUUGCAUUAUGCUGUGGGUAAUGUUGCAAGUUUAGCAGACUUGCCCAUAUUUUCCUUUUAUUAAUUCUUCUGGUGUUCGGGAACAAUGAUUUCUAUGCUACUUUUUACUCAUUGCAUCAAUGUAACUAGGCAAGCCAAGUCUCUAAACAGUAAACACCAAACGACUGUUGUGAAUAUUUCUAAAAUCCAAUGUUUAUAGGUUAAUUUGAACUUCAGUCUUUUUAUGCAGAAAAUAUAUAAAUUGCAUUUAUUAGGUCUUGUAUGAGGCUAAAGCUGUAUGUGUAGAAUGCAUGUAUCCAAAUGUUUUGUAUGUGCACAGGAUACUUUAGUUAUUUAAAAAUAAAUGUUUUUCUUUCAAAACCUC